AUGACCACCCCGCCUGGAAAUAUGGGUGGCUUCAACCGGGAUUAUUUGCCCACUGCUUUGGCAUUUAACAAACGUUCAGUGGCUGGAUUUGCCCUACUCUGGAACCGCUUGCUACAAGAUUUUGAAUGUGUGGUUGAACUUUUCAGAAGUCAACCAGAGGUGGCGCUAGUCGCCAAUGAGCUGAAACUUCAGCCAAGCUAUACCACACACGUUCAGGACCUCACCAGAGUUUCACUGCGAGUCUCAAGAGUCAAGAGUCAACAUUGA